UACAAGAACAGAAGAAAAGGUGGAGCGACUGACACAAAGACAGAAAAAUUAAUUAAUGUAUUAAAAAAUGCUGAGGAAAGUGAGGUCACAUGGGUCCGUCGUACAAAGGGUUGUGAUGAUGACCCCCCGGCAGUGCACGAUAGCAAAACCCCAGUUUCCUCCGGCUUUCUCCUUCUUCAACACUAUCGUGCGGCCACCAGUCGCCACCAUGAACACUCCGGACGACGGAAUAUUCACUCAGAAACGGGUGCUCCGAUCCAAAGUGAAGAAAGAUCUCCGAUCGAUGGAUCCCGUCCUUAGAUCUCAACAAGAUGAUGCCAUUCAGAAUUUGAUAUUGGAAGCUCCAUGGUUCAAGUCUUGUAAGAGAUUAUGUGCUUAUAUAAGCUGUAGUGCAUUGAGAGAAGUUGAUACAUCAAAGGUGCUGCAAAAUGUCCUACAAAAAGAGACAGCAAAGAUACUUUAUGUUCCACGGGUGGAGGACAAGAAUUGCCACAUGCGAAUGCUAAACAUAUCUCGUAUAGAUGAUUUAAUUGCAAACUCCAUGAACAUUUUAGAGCCUGCUCCCCUUGAUGCUCAUGGGAAUGCUCGUCAAGACGUUAUGCUAGCAGAUGAACCCAUUGACCUGCUCCUAUUACCUGGACUUGCGUUUGAUAAAACUGGAAGACGAUUGGGGCGUGGUGGAGGAUACUAUGACACCUUCCUGUCAAAGUACCAAGAACUUGCAAGACAAAGAAACUGGAAACAACCUCUUCUAAUUGCGCUAUCUUAUUCGGUUCAAAUAUUAGAAGAUGGUGUGAUACCUCUCACCCCAAGUGAUGUUUUCAUAGAUGCUCUAGUAUCGCCAUCGGGUUUCAUCCCUAUUACCCCAGCGGCCCAGGAAAUUAUUCCUUGAGACAUUUUUGCUGGAAUUCUUGUAAAACAAUGUAGUUUUUUUUUUCCAUCAUCAAACCAGAUUUGUAUGUCACAACAUGUGGGAUAUGUUGAUAAGGACCUAAAGUCAGUUUUGACUAUAAAAGUCAACAUAUGUUCUUGCACAUUAUGAGGAUGUUUUGCUUCAUUUCAGUUCUUAACUAUGAACUUGGAUCUCCGAUGUCAUGUGUGUAAUAUGUUGUGUUGUGUUUGGUUGAA